AUGCCAGAACCAAGUGCGGGUAUGCACUUCGACAACAAGACCAUGGCCCCAAAGAUCCAGGGGGAACUCCAGAUCCGGACCGAUGGACCAAAGACCAUCCCUAAGCCAGGGAAGGAUGAGAAGCCAGAUAAUGCGCACCUGGGUACUUCCUUGGCUCAAUCUCUUCGCGUCAGUGGGUAUGCCGUCAUGUUUUCUUUCAUCUACGAGAGAGUUGAAUUGACCAAACCCGACAAAGGGAAUGGGACUUCAAUACAACAGUGGGAGCUCCAGGGGCAAAUUCCACGCAAGGCUCUUUCGCAGAUCCCAGCCCGUGACCAGCCCAGGAUUUCCACGAGGAUUCGUCCCAUGGUCAGAUUCAGACCGGCUGGUCUGUUUCUGGUUCUCUACCUACUGAUGUCGCUUUUCUCGGGGGCGAUGGCGCACCCGGUCCCGUCUGAGAGCAGCGGCGCUACUGAGACGCGCACGCUGGCAAACGACAGCAUGCUUGGCAAAGUUGUCGGGCAGCUCGAUUUCAAUCUUCUGACCCAAGUCCUGCUUUGCCUAGUGCUAGGCGGCUGGUUAGUUGUCAUACGUUACACCCGGCAAGAUGACGCCGGGUUCUGGGCAUUAUUGACUGCGUCGCUGACGCACGUCUGCUUCGUUCACGAUCCCAAGGCCAACGGUGCGGUUUGUCUACUAUUGUCACUCAUACUCGUUCGGAUCAACCAGUCUUUCACUCUUUCCACAGUCGCAAAGUAUGAAGUCAAGUUGCCAUAUAUGGUCGUAUGUAUCUUGAGCCUAACUGUUUUGUUCGCAUACCACGGAGCGAGCGAAUCCGCAUCAACGGGUCUGCCGUUGGAGAUUGUCGUAUUGCCAUUCUAUAUCAGCAUGUCCAACCUGGUAUGCUGCUGGAUCGUACAGAUUUCUUUGGAGAGACGCGGAUUACAACCGGAUCAUUAA